AUGGCAACAUAUCUUGAUCUUCCUAUUAUUCGGCGCUAUAUUGACCAGGCGGGGAGUGAUGAUGCUGAGGGAAGAGACGUCAACAACCUGUGGUACCAGAUUCUUCGAGGCUAUUUCCUACUGGAAGACAACUUCUGCCUUGAGUAUGAGGUGUCUGAUGAUCUAGAACUGGCCACUCGACCAAAUACUGUUGUCUUGGUCCUCUGCGGGAAUGCCCUGAGAAAGUUCCUCUUCGUCGAAUGCAAACAGCCACUACCCAGCAACUGUGAGCUUGACGAGAAUUUCUGGGUUGACACGAGGAAUCGGCUCAAAGGAGCGAUGGAGAGAUGGAGGGGUGAGGCAGGGGAGCUCGGAGAAGGCGAGUUAUUUGGGAUUAUCGCCAUCGGGAACCUGGCUCGAUUUGUGACGAUGCAGGCAGGGGGGGUGAGUCUGCUAAAUAUGCAUGGAGAGCCUGUCAGGAUCGACACCCAGGCUGGGGCGUCAGAAGCUGAUGCGAUGCUGAGGGAAAUCCGUCAACGGGUUUAAUGUAGAAAGAACCCAUUCCUGGGUUUUCUCCAUGGUGGUUAUCUAGGUAGUGCUCUACAGCAAUCCUC